AUGAGCGGAACAAAGCGGGAGCGCGGCGGGGGCGCGUGGGGCGCGGAGAGCAGCGGUCCCGCCGGGCGCAGUGGAGCCGGCGGAGCGGGGGGAGCCGGGGGGAGUUCCGCGGGGGCGGGCGCGGAGAAGAAGGUGAAGGUGAUGCAGCGCGGGCACGGCAUUGCGCACCUGGAAAAGCUCCGCCUGCAGGAAUUGCGCAACGCGGAACUAGAGCGGUCGCAGCAGCAACAGCAACAACAGCAGCAGCAGCAACAGCAGCAGCUGCGACAGCUUCAGCAACAGGACCCCUCAAGCCUCCUAACCUCUUCCACGGCCCUCCAAGCCCUAGGCCUCGGCGGACUCUUCCCCUUACCUCCCCCCGUCGCUUCCUCCUCUCUCGCGUCGCUCUCCGCCCCUCUGGGGCCGCUUUCUGACAACCUCGCGACAGCUGCGGCGGCGGCGGCGGCAGCGGCCGCCGCGUCCGAUCCGCUAUUAAGUAUCGCUGCUAGAAGGCAGCUAUCGCUACUUGCCGCGUCGCGAUCGUUAUCCAGCGAUUUCGCGGAUCGAAUGCGCGUGGGGGGAGAUCGAUCUGUGGUAGGCGGAGGGAGCGGGGCGGGCGGAAGCUUGGGCGGGCUGGGCGCAGCGCUUGGGGGCCUGAGCGGAACGACGGGGAGCAGUCCGGGCGGACACGAGCGGGUUCCGCUCGACGUGGUGAUGGCAGCUUCGGCAGGCGCAGCUUUGGGUAGAGAAGGAUUCCACAGGCUCGGCGGAGGCUUGGGCGGAGGUUUGGGCGGUGGCUUGUUUGGUGCGGGUGGAUUAGGGCUUGGCGGGGGGUUGGGCGGAGGGCUGGGGGCUGGCGCAGCGGGGACGCGGGGAGGGACCGCGAGCGAAGGAGGCGCGGGGUUCGGGAGUAUCUUUGGGGGGGGGUUGAGGGGGGCGGCGGUGGCGGCGGCCGCGGCAGCUGCGCACGCAGCGAGUACGGGAAGGGCCGGCACUGGCGGAGCGAUGCAGUCGCUUAGCGAGUUCGCCAUCCGGCGGCUUCAGAUCCUGGUGGAAUCAGCAGGCGGGGGAUCGAAUCUCGACGUUGGCGCGUUUGGCGGCGCAGGGGGGCCGGGGGGCGGGAGUGUGGCGAUCGGCGCGGGGUACAACUCGUGGGAGGUCGACAGCAGCUCGCGCACCCCAGGGUCCCGCGGAACAGCCCUGGACGCAGCGCUAGGCGCAGCGCCGGGGGGAGCGUCAGGGGGAACGCCAGGGGGAAUGUUCGGGGGAACGUUAGGAUCGGCCGCAGGGGGGGGUCUUGCUGGGGCGGCUUCUUCCCGCGGGCUGUCUAAUCUCGCAUCAGGCGCGCGCGCAGGCGGGGGAAGCGCGGAGAUGAGCGCUGGCGGGGCCGUCGGAAGCGGAAUGGGCGCUGGGGGCGCGGCUAUAAGCUCUGGGGGAGGCGGUAGCCCGGGGGGAAGCUCGCUUUCCGCGCAUCUGCCCAGCGCCGUGCCUCUUUCUGCCACUGGCGCGGGGCUGGGGCCUUCUGGUUUGCGCCACAGCAGCUAUGGGGGGGAUGGGGGAACUGAGGGGUCACCCUUUGGGGGAGGCAGAGGCGGAGGCGGGGGCGGAGGGGGAGGCGGAGGGGGAGGGGGGAUGGGCGGCGGAAGGAAUCUUGAGGAGGAAAGCGGGAAAAAGGGUUUUUUGGGGGGAUUUGACCAGAGGCGGGGUAGUGGGGGGAAUGAUGCUAGUGGGGAGCGACUGGGGGCGGGAGAGGGCGGAAGGGGCGCAAUGUUUGGGCUAGGGGCGGGCAGGAGGGAGGAGGAGAAGGUGGGCAGAGAAAGGGCUUUCCCAGUGCAUCACACACACCCGUUCAUGCAUAGCUCCCGAACCGUGUCCGAGCCUGUGAGUGGAGCCUCGGCAUCGCUCAUCGCGUCCCUCUCCUCGCGAAUCCUUGCCGAAGCUCACAUGCGCGAGGCUGCAGCGGCAGGAGCGGCGGGAGGAAUGGGAGGAGCAGGGGCAGGAGGAAUAGGAGGAGCAGGAGGAGGAGCAGGGGCAGCAGGAGUGGCAGGAGCACCAGGGGCAGCAGGUAUCACCUAUGCUAACUCCCCAGCAGCUGCUGCAGCGGCAGCAGCCGCCGCAGCAGCGCAUCUGAAUCACCUAAACGCGGCAGCAGCAGCAUCGGCAGCAACAGCAGCAGCGGCAACAGCAGCGGCAACUGCAGCGGCAACUGCAGCAGCAACAGCAGCAGCGCACUUUGGAAAUUUGGCAGACCUAGACCCAACAGCAGCAGCAGCUGCUGCAGCAGCGGCGGCAGCAGCGGCGGCAGCAGCAGCAACCACAGCGCAACAACCCCCCAACCCUUCCUCCUCCCCCUCCCCAGGACAGGCGCUUUCCCCAUUUCCUUCCCCAGCCUCCCCAUUCUCCCCUGCCUCUUUAGCCGAUUCUCUCCUUUUGAACCGUCUCAAGGCGGAGUCUCAUUUGAGAGACUUGGCAGCAAGAGAUUCGAAAGCGGCGGAUUCGGCUCGCAGAGACGUGAAGGCGGAUGAUUUGGGUCCAAGAGACGUGAAAACGGCGAGCAUGGAGGAACAGUUACAAGGUUUGAAAGCGGCUCAAGAAGCAAGAGCAUCGCAAGAGGCGAAAGCAGCACACCUGGCUUUUAGGCUGCAGUUAGAGGGGCGUCUGGGACCACAGGAGGCAGCACGGCAGCUGGAUGCGUUUUCUGAGGCGCCACAGCAAAGCCAAAACGUGUUUUCUGAGCCCAGAGGAACGGAUUUGGCGCCUUUUGAGGCUCCCAGAGGAACGGAUUUGUCGCUGAUUCUUGAGUCGGCGCGAAAAGCGGCGCAGGAGUCGAAAGCUGCGGGUUUGGCUUUAAGGCUGCAGCUAGAGGGGAGGCUGGGACCGCAGGAGGCAGCACGGCAGCUGGAAGCGGCUAGGCUAGCCGCUGCUGGGGUUUUGGGGGGGGUGGGAGCAGGGGUAGGGGGGAGAGGCGGGGAGGUAGGCGCAGGGGUAGGCGCAGGGGGAGGGGGAGGGGGAGGGGGAGGGGGAAGCGCGGGGUCAGGCGCGGGGAGAGGGGGAUUGGAGGAAGCUGGAGCAGGAAUGGGAGCAGGUGUUGGGAAAGGGGGAGGAUUAGGGCUGGGGAUUGGAGGUGGGGAGAUGGGUGCAGGAGGGAGAGAGGGAGGUGGGUCCGUGCAGAAGGGGGAGAAGGAGAAUCACAUGUUUGGAACGGUUUUUGAGGCGCCUGAGAAGAAUAGGUCGUUUGAAGCUGCUUCAAAGGCUGGUGGUGCUGGUGGGGAUAUAUCAGGAGGGCGAGGUGGAGAGGGGUUUGGAAAGCAGGGGGAGGGAAGCAUGGGUCGGAAAGUGGCUGAGCAGGGAGAGUGGUUUGGAAAGCAGGGGGGGUCUAGACUGACGGAGGGUGGGGAGAAGAGACGGAAGGAGGAGGGGGUGGAUGAGGAAGAAGGGGGAUGGAAGGGACGUGAGGGUAUGGCAAAGAGGGGAAGGAGAGAGGAGGUGACAGAGGAGGUGAGGGGUGUGGGGGAUGAGGGGAGGAGGACGAGAGGAGUGGGAGGUGUGGGAGGGAUGGGGGAGGGGCAAGGGCAGGGGGUGCAGGUUCCGGCGAAUUUCUUCCUGAAUAGGUGGGCUUCGGUGGGGAGGAGUAAGGAGUUGGAAUUGGCAGCAGGGGGUUCGGUAGGUGCACCUGAAGCAGCACCAGCAGCAGCAGCAGCAGCAGCGGCAGCAGUAUCUCCAGCACGGAAAACAGCAGCAUCAGUGGCAGCAGCAGCCGGUGCUCCAGCCGGUGCCGCUACAGCUGGUGCCGCUACAGCCGCUGGUGCUACAGGCGUAAAUGCUUCAGCUGCUGGCUCUGGUAAUGCAGGCGUGGAGACUAAGUGGUCGAGUUUUGAGACGUCUCAGAACGCUACAGGCGUCAAUGCUACAGCUGCUGGCGCUGAUAAUGCAGGCGUGGAGACUAAGUGGUGGCGGCAAGUGAAUCUUAACCUGGAAGAGGCAGGUGCAAUGAGGAGCAGUGAUCGGGUGGUGCUUAGGGACGAAGCUGGGUUAAGUGGCAGUGGUGUCGGCAGCGAGGAGCGGAGGACAGCUGGGAAGGGGAGAGUAGAGAAUGAAGAGAAGGGGAGAGCGGAGGAGACAGGGAGAACGGAGGUGAAAGGGAGAGAGGAGGAGAGGAUAGGUAAGGAGGGGAGAAGAGUUAAGGAGGAAAUGGAGGUGGAAGACUGGAGGACAGGCGGGGAGAGCCGAGCAGUGGAGGAGAAAAGGAGAGCAGCGGAUGGGGAGAGGGUAGUGAAAAAGGAGGGAGCAGUGGAGGAGGAGAGGGCAGUUGAAGAGGAGAGAGCGGUAAAGGACUUGAGAAGCAACAUGGUUAAGUGCUUGGGGGAGGAAGUGGCUCGACGGGUCUUUGCCGCCAUGCAGUCUCAGGAGGAGGAGUGCGGCAGGCAGAUUCGCGAGCUGCAUGAGUUACAUGAGUCUCAGGAGGAGGAGUGCGCUAGGCAGAUUCGCAAGCUGCACUGCACCAUCUACAUGAGAGUGCGCGUGAGUCACAUCAUUUACAUAGAAGCAGCGGCAGCUCCUAUCUCAGCUACAGCCGGCAGUAUUAUCACACAUAGAAGCAGCGGCAGCGCUCAGGUACAACCGGCAGAGAUACUCACGAGACGUAAUAAUUCUCUCCGUAUGAAAUCCGCGUGUAGGGAGGUGCAUUUUGAGGCGCCUCAAAAGGCAGCGCGCAGAGAUACUCACGAGACGUCUCAAAAGCCGGCAGAGAUACUCACGAGACGUCUCAAAAGCCGGCAGAGAUACUCACGAGACGUCUCAAAAGCCGGCAGAGAUACUCACGAGACGUCUCAAAAGCUGGCAGAGAUACUCACGAGAUGUCUCAAAAGCCGGCAGAGAUACUCACGAGACGUCUCAAAAGCCGGCAGAGAUACUCACGAGACGUCUCAAAAGCCGGCAGAGAUACUCACGAGACGUCUCAAAAGCUGGCAGAGAUACUCACGAGACGUCUCAAAAGCCGGCAGAGAUACUCACGAGACGUCUCAAAAGCCGGCAGAGAUACUCACGAGACGUCUCAAAAGCCGGCAGAGAUACUCACGAGACGUCUCAAAAGCCGGCAGAGAUACUCACGAGACGUCUCAAAAGCCGGCAGAGAUACUCACGAGACGUCUCAAAAGCCGGCAGAGAUACUCACGAGACGUCUCAAAAGCCGGCAGAGAUACUCACGAGACGUCUCAAAAGCCGGCAGAGAUACUCACGAGACGUCUCAAAAGCCGGCAGAGAUACUCACGAGACGUCUCAAAAGCCGGCAGAGAUACUCACGAGACGUCUCAAAAGCCGGCAGAGAUACUCACGAGACGUCUCAAAAGCCGGCAAAGAUACUCACGAGACGUCUCAAAAGCCGGCAGAGAUACUCACGAGACGUCUCAAAAGCCGGCAGAGAUACUCACGAGACGUCUCAAAAGCUGGCAGAGAUACUCACGAGACGUCUCAAAAGCCGGCAGAGAUACUCACGAGACGUCUCAAAAGCCGGCAGAGAUACUCACGAGACGUCUCAAAAGCCGGCAGAGAUACUCACGAGACGUCUCAAAAGCCGGCAGAGAUACUCACGAGACGUCUCAAAAGCUGGCAGAGAUACUCACGAGACGUCUCAAAAGCCGGCAGAGAUACUCACGAGACGUCUCAAAAGCCGGCAGAGAUACUCACGAGACGUCUCAAAAGCCGGCAGAGAUACUCACGAGACGUCUCAAAAGCCGGCAGAGAUACUCACGAGACGUCUCAAAAGCCGGCAGAGAUACUCACGAGACGUCUCAAAAGCCGGCAGAGAUACUCACGAGACGACUCAAAAGCCGGCAGAGAUACUCACGAGACGUCUCAAAAGCCGGCAGAGAUACUCACGAGACGUCUCAAAAGCCGGCAGAGAUACUCACGAGACGUCUCAAAAGCCGGCAGAGAUACUCACGAGACGUCUCAAAAGCUGGCAGAGAUACUCACGAGACGUCUCAAAAGCCGGCAGAGAUACUCACGAGACGUCUCAAAAGCCGGCAGAGAUACUCACGAGACGUCUCAAAAGCCGGCAGAGAUACUCACGAGACGUCUCAAAAGCUGGCAGAGAUACUCACGAGACGUCUCAAAAGCCGGCAGAGAUACUCACGAGACGUCUCAAAAGCCGGCAGAGAUACUCACGAGACGUCUCAAAAGCCGGCAGAGAUACUCACGAGACGUCUCAAAAGCCGGCAGAGAUACUCACGAGACGUCUCAAAAGCCGGCAGAGAUACUCACGAGACGUCUCAAAAGCCGGCAGAGAUACUCACGAGACGUCUCAAAAGCCGGCAGAGAUACUCACGAGACGUCUCAAAAGCCGGCAGAGAUACUCACGAGACGUCUCAAAAGCCGGCAGAGAUACUCACGAGACGUCUCAAAAGCCGGCAGAGAUACUCACGAGACGUCUCAAAAGCCGGCAGAGAUACUCACGAGACGUCUCAAAAGCCGGCAGAGAUACUCACGAGACGUCUCAAAAGCCCCAACCCCCCCUCCUCCGCCCCCUCCCCGUCCCCCUCCUCUCCUUCCGCCCUUCCUUUCAUGUCCACAGAAGCAGCGGCAGCUUCUGAGAAGCAACAGCAACAGCAACAGCCCCCCCUGCUACUCGCCCUUCCACCCUCUUUCCUACCGUUUCCGCACCUCUUUCCUGCAGCAGACCCACACCCAGUAACGUUCAAACCGCCUGAGAGUUGGGCUGGGGCCACCUUCCCAUCAAUCCGUGCUUUCGUCCUACCUGGUCUGUUUGCCCCUUCCAUUCCCCCUCUUCCAUCCUCUUCCCCACUCUCUCUAUCCCUCGCGCCCUCCCUCCCUCCCUCCUUCCCUCCCUCCCUCCCUCCCUCCCUCCCUCCUCCCUCCCUCCCUCCCUCCCUCCCUCCCUCCCUCCCUCCCUCCCUCCCUCCCUCCCUCCCUCCCUCCCUCCCUCCCUCCCUCCCUCCCUCCCUCCCUCCCUCCCACCCUCUCUCUUCCCCACCCUUCAACCCUCCUGCGAGCUGCGCCCGGACCACCUAUGCAUCCAACUGCCAACAGUGCUCCGGUCCUAACCCGUCCUUGCGUUCAACUCGCCGGAGAGCUGGCCUCACCGGAGAGCUGCAUCUUUUGAGACGUCUCCGCGCCCCCCUUUCUCCUCUCUCAGACUCGCAGCAUUCAACCCGCCUGGAAGCGGGGCUCUGGCUGUCUGCAUGCACCAGUGCUCUUCUGGGCUCGGGCCGCCUAUGCCUGCAACGGUGCUCCGGACCUCCUAACCAGUCGCUCUCUCCCCGCCUCCCUUUCUCCUCUCUUAUCCUCUCAGCCUUCAACCCGCCUGAGAGCUGGGCUCGGGCCGCCUAUGCCUGCAACGAUGCUCCUGGAGUGGCAAGGGAACAUGAGGAGGAGGAGAAAAGGGAGAGAGGAGAAGGGGAGGAGGAGCAGAAGGCGAGAGCGGAGGAGGGGGAAUGGGAGGAAGAGAAAAGGGAGACAGAGGACGGUACGAGAGAGAGGGGAGGAGGGGUGCGAGGAAAGGAAGGAGAGGAAAGAGGAGAAGGAAAAGAAGAAGAAGGGUUGCAGCAGCAGGAGAGGGAGGGAACGGACCGUGUUGGAGAGGAUAAGGGGAAAGGAAGAGAAGGGGAGCAAUGUGAGAAAGGGGAUGCAGGAAAGGGAGGGAAAAGGAGAGGCGAUGGGGGAGUUGAGGUUUCUGCAGAGGAGGAAGGGGUUACGGUGGCUCGUGUUGACAGGGAAAUGGUGGUUGAUGUUUGCAAUAGUGUGGAGAGAAAUACAAUGGGUGGUGUUAGGGGUAAAGGGGACAUGAAGGAAGGGGAGAACGAGUGGGUUGAGAGAGAGGAGGGGGCGAAAGGGGAGGGGGAGAAAGUGGGAGGGGAGAGAGCAGAAGAGAAAGAGGGAAGGGAGAAAGAGGAAGGGGAGGAAGCAGAGGCGAAGAAAGAGAAAGUGGAAGGAGACGCCGGAGGAGAGGAGGGAGGAGGAGAGAUAAAGGAAGGAGCUAAAGCAAAGAUCGAGAAAAAGGAGGAAGUAGGGGAGGGAGGAGUGAAUAUAGGAAAGGGUACCCAAGAUAACGUUGAAAAUAUCAAUGAAUCGGAAGCGAUGAGGCAGGAAGAAGUGAUACUGCUGAAGCGGGAGGUUGUAUUGGGAGACACAGAAUCAAGGCCGAGGGAAAAGGGAGGAGAGACUAAGCUGUGUUGA